AUGUCCCAAAUAACUAUUUUUAACGACGUCCCACAACUACCUCCUGAUGCUCUUUUUGAUAUUAAGAAAAGAUUAUCUCAAGAUACUCGGCCACUGAAAGUCGAUUUGGGUAUUGGCGCAUACCGUGAUAAUUCAGGUAAACCAUGGGUCUUACCAAGUGUUCAAUCUGCUGAAGAAAAGCUAAAGAAGGAUCCAAACUAUAAUCAUGAAUACUUACCUAUUACUGGGUUACCAGCCUUCACAAGUGGUGCUGCCCGUAUCAUCUUUGGCGAAGAUUAUGAUCAAGAAAGAACUAUCUCUAUCCAGUCUAUCUCUGGUACUGGUGCUUUGCAUAUCGCCGCCAAAUUUAUCGAAAAAUUCUUACCUAAUAAGACCGUUUACUUAUCUAACCCAACUUGGCCAAACCAUAAGGCCAUCUUCGAAGGUCAAAAUUUAAAGACUGCUGAAUACCCUUAUUGGGAUGCAGCCACCAAAUCUUUACAAUUAAAUGAGUUCAUUCAAACCAUAGAGACUGCACCAGAGGGUUCAAUCUUCCUUCUACAUGCAUGUGCCCACAAUCCAACCGGGUUGGAUCCAAAUAAAGAACAAUGGAGCCAAAUCCUAGACACCAUCUCUAAAAAGAAUCAUAUUGUAUUAUUCGACUCUGCAUAUCAAGGGUUCGCUACUGGUGACUUGGAUAGAGACGCCUUUGCUGUCAGAUUAGGAUUAGCCAAAUUACAAAACGUGGCUCCAGUAGUUGUUUGCCAAUCCUUCGCUAAAAACGUGGGUAUGUAUGGUGAACGUGUUGGUUGUUUCCACCUAGUUAUUCCAAACCAAUCUAGUGAGAUCAACAAGAAAGUUAAAACUGCUUUGAAUUCCCAAUUGGCCAAGAUUGUCAGAUCUGAAGUGUCCAAUCCGCCAGCAUACGGGUCCAAGAUCGUGGCUACCAUCUUAAAUGAUCCUGAAUUGACUAAACAAUGGCAUACAGACAUGAUUACUAUGUCUUCUAGAAUCAGUGAAAUGAGACACAAACUAAGAGACCAUCUAGUGGAGUUGGGUACUCCCGGUAAUUGGGACCACAUUGUUAAUCAGUGUGGUAUGUUCUCUUUCACCGCUUUAACUCCAGAGAUGGUUCAGAGAUUGGAACAAUACCAUGCUAUCUAUAUGGUUAGUUCUGGAAGAGCUUCUAUUGCUGGUUUGAAUGAAGGUAACGUUCUUCAUGUGGCCAAAGCUAUUGAUGAAGUUGUUCGUCAUUUCGCUACUAAUAAUCCUAAAUUAUAA